CCCGCCUCUUCCUCUCGGUCCCAUAUUGAACUCGAGUUGGAAGAGGCGAGUCCGAUCUCAAAAUGGAGGUAAAACCGCCGCCCGGUCGCCCCCAGCCCGACUCCGGCCGUCGCCGCCGCCGCCGGGGGGAGGAGGGCCACGAUCCAAAGGAACCAGAGCAGUUGAGAAAACUGUUUAUUGGUGGUUUGAGCUUUGAAACUACAGACGAUAGUUUAAGAGAACAUUUUGAGAAAUGGGGCACGCUCACAGAUUGUGUGGUGAUGAGAGACCCCCAAACAAAACGUUCCCGGGGCUUUGGUUUUGUGACUUACUCUUGUGUUGAAGAGGUGGAUGCCGCAAUGUGUGCUCGACCACACAAGGUUGAUGGGCGUGUAGUGGAACCAAAGAGAGCUGUUUCUAGAGAGGAUUCUGUAAAGCCUGGUGCCCAUCUAACAGUGAAGAAAAUUUUUGUUGGAGGUAUUAAAGAAGAUACAGAAGAAUAUAAUUUGAGAGACUACUUUGAAAAGUAUGGCAAGAUUGAAACCAUAGAAGUUAUGGAAGAUAGGCAGAGUGGGAAAAAAAGAGGAUUUGCUUUUGUAACUUUUGAUGAUCAUGAUACAGUUGAUAAAAUUGUUGUUCAGAAAUACCACACUAUUAAUGGGCAUAAUUGUGAAGUGAAAAAGGCCCUUUCUAAACAAGAAAUGCAGUCUGCUGGAUCGCAGAGAGGCCGUGGAGGUGGAUCUGGCAACUUUAUGGGCCGUGGAGGAAACUUUGGAGGUGGUGGAGGUAACUUUGGCCGUGGUGGAAACUUUGGUGGAAGAGGAGGCUAUGGUGGAGGUGGCAGCAGAGGUAGUUAUGGAGGAGGUGAUGGUGGAUAUAAUGGAUUUGGAGGUGAUGGUGGCAACUACGGCAGUGGUCCUGGUUAUAGUAGUAGAGGAGGCUAUGGCGGUGGACCAGGGUAUGGGAACCAAGGUGGUGGAUAUGGUGGCGGUGGAGGCUAUGAUGGUUACAAUGAAGGGGGGAAUUUUGGUGGGAACUACGGUGGUGGUGGGAACUAUAAUGAUUUUGGAAAUUACAGUGGACAACAGCAGUCAAAUUAUGGACCCAUGAAAGGGGGGGGCAGUUUUGGUGGAAGAAGCUCGGGCAGCCCCUAUGGUGGUGGUUAUGGAUCUGGUGGUGGAAGUGGUGGAUAUGGUAGCAGAAGGUUCUAAAAACUCAGCAGAAAAGGGCUACAGUUCUUAGCAGGAGAGAGAGCGAGGAGUUGUCAGGAAAGCUGCAGGUUACUUUGAGACAGUCGUCCCAAAUGCAUUAGAGGAACUGUAAAAAUCUGCCACAGGAGGAACGAUGAUCCAUAGUCAGAAAAGUUACUGCAGCUUAAACAGGAAAAACCCUUCUUGUUCAGGACUGUCAUAGCCACAGUUUGCAAAAAGUGCAGCUAUUGAUUAAUGCAAUGUAGUGUCAAUUAGAUGUACAUUCCUGAGGUCUUUUAUCUGUUGUAGCUUUGUCUUUUUCUUUUUCUUUUCAUUACAUCAGGUAUAUUGCCCUGUAAAUUGUGGUAGUGGUACCAGGAAUAAAAAAUUAAGGAAUUUUUAACUUUUCAAUAUUUGUGUAGUUCAGUUUUUCUACAUUUUAGUACAGAAACUUUAACAAAAUGCAGUUUUGAAGGUGUUUCCUUGUGAGUUAACAAGUAAAGAAGAUCAUUGUUAAUCACUAUUUUGUAUGAAUUUUGCUAAAGUUAACUGUAAAGAAACACCUGCUGACUUGCAGUUUAAGGGGAAUCUAUUCUCCCCAUUUCCAAACCAUGAAAUGAAUGGGCUCUGACAUGUGGAGAGAAUAGAUAAUUUGUAUGUUUGCAUUGUGUGUUUUAGAUAAAUAGAAUUGGGUAUUUAAAUUAGCAUAUUUGUGACUUUAAUAGCAUUAAGAUUUACCUUCAAAUGAAAAAAAAAUCUCAAAAUUCCUAUUUGGUUUUGUGCAUUUUCCCCCCCAAAUGUAAUCAUGAUUUUAGUGUGUUAGCUUUGCUGAGAGUCCUAGCUGUGUUUAGAACAUCUCCAUUUUACAUUCACCUUGGUCACAUGUUAACUGCUUCCAUGGUUUUAUUUGGGUGUAAAGAAUGUCUACUGCCCUCUUUUAACUCUACAAAGAGGCAGUGGAUGUUUUCCCUUUUCUCCUCCAUUAAAAGUCAUUCUUAAAAAACUAUUCAAAAUACAGGACCACUAAGCCUGCUGUAUCUGAGCAAAUUGGUGGCUACCUUUUUUUCCUUUUUAAAGCACAAGAGGCCCAUAAAUCUUCAGUUAUUUUUCCUUGGUUUAAUAUAUAUUUUUUUGAUACAAACUCUGAAAGCAAGAGAAUAAAAUCAUGCAUUGUUGAACCCUUAACUGGCUGGCAUGCUUUUCCUGUUUGUACCCUCUACAUUUUACUGUAUGGAACAAAGGACAGUCUAGAUGAAAUUGAUGCACAUGACUUAAUGCAGAAGUGUGACCACAGUUGCUUAGUAUAAUUUCCACUUUCCAAAGACCUGAAUUUAAAUUUGGAUCGUCUUGAGUUCUAUUCAAAAUCCCAAAGAACACACUGUUACCCUAUGUGUAUGCUUGAACCUAAAUCAUGUUGAUACAAGCUAAUUUGUUUGGAAGACCCUGGGUGAGAUUUUUAGGUAAUGAGGUCGUAUAAAUAUAUAUAUAUAUAUAAAAACAUCAUUGUCUACUGUUUCGCGCCAGCCUAGUGCUUAAAAUUUCAUUCAAGCCCUAAGUAUGUGCCCUGCUGUUACUAUUUCUUUGGCAGUUGAACGUUGAAUUCAAGGUUCUUAUUUUCGUUUUUAAGAAAUACUAAGCAAAAGAAGCAAUAAAAAGGGGAAUGGGGCGUGCUAGUGUUUGCAUAUGCUCUCUUGUUGCUCUAAUUCUGUGCCUCUGUGCAUUAAUAUUUGGAUGCAUGCAAUGCCAGCAUGGAAAUCGGUCUUCACAGAUACUGCAGUUUUCCAGAAAACACUCACAAACCAAUAAAUGUAACAGACAACAUGCCAUUUGUCAAUGGACGUAUGUGAAUAAGCAGUGUAGAAAAUAGGCAAAUAAUAGAAAAUGGUUAAGUCUUUAACAAUUUCAAGUGUGGUUAUUAUAUAAAUGGACACUGUCAAUGUUUAUAAUUUAAACGUGGGUACCUGGUCAAAAUAAUGCUUGGGAAACAUUUUAUUAAAACUGAGCUAAAUUGUCUCAAGUUCUUUUAUUCAUAUAAUAUGGGUUGAAGGACUGGGGGGAGAUUAACAUUUCCUGUUUCUGUGUUUGUGGAAUUGUUUGACACAACCUUGACAGUAUCCUAUAAUGGUAUAUGAAAUUAAUUGUACUGUUAACAAACUUUCUGUGUUCUGGAACUAGUUUAAUAGUGAAAAUAUUUUCAGUAAGUUGAUGUUUGCAACCUAUAAGCAGGUGAAAUCUGUGUAUGUGACCUGUUUAUAAGUUGUAUUAGCUUAGUUUUUGUGAACAGUGUGGAAAAGUAAGCCAUGAGGAGAGCGAUUUAACCAGCUUUAAAGGACCUAAGAUGUGCUUUUUAAGCACAGUGUGGAUCAAAGGAGAAUCACUAAGACAGGACUUCAGCAGCCUUUGAGUAUGGACAAGUCAGCAUAAAUAAAGAAUGACAAGGCAGCAGCAAGAGCUUCAACUACAGAGAAGUGAAGGCAUAAGAUACUAUGGUGAUAGUGAGCAACUUUCCAAAAGCUAGUUAAAUCUGCUUAUUACAACUGAAAUAUCGAAGAAAGUCUAGCAGGAAGGAGCUCUUCGCCUUUUGGAACAUCAAUGAGAGAUAGUUGCCACAGUCACUAGGUCUAGCAUUUAGACCUGCAAGGAAGGGCAAUAAGCAUUAGGUAAGGCUUGAAUUUGAAUUUUUUCACUAAUUAAAGAGUAAUUUUUUGUAAAGCAAGGUAAGAGUAAUCUUUUUGAUUUGCAGGUUGAAUGAGAACCCUACUUGCCUAAAUGAGGAAUGUCUUUCCUACCAUCUUAAAUACGAACGUUUCUGGCUGGGUAAGGUUUGUAGCUCACAGUAAAACCUGAUGACACCAUUUGUUUCCCUACAAAUUUCUAUUACACAUUUAAAACUGUUAGGUACAUUAAUUAGCAAAGCUGUUUGGCUGAAACUUUUAUUUUGGAACCACAUCCAAAACAUUUUAAACAGCUUAAAUUUUUUCCUGGAAUAACCGUGAGUGUUCACAUCGAGUGAGAUCUGGCCCUGUGUACACAAUUCAUUGUUGGUGUCUUGAGGGUAAAGUCAGUUUUUGAUGAGAAAGAAAGGGAGUAACCUCCAGUUUUACAGGAUUUUUGUAAUAAGCAUGGCUCAGUUUUAACAAACACAAAGCUGCCAGUCCUUGGUUAGGAAAAACAUCUUGGAAUGAACUUUUUAAAUUGCCAGAUGAUACAAAUAUCAAAAUAGUCUCCAUUAAGUGGUUCAUGUAUUAAGUUCUCUUGCAUAUAAAAUCAGGAUUAUUUGGACGAAAGGAUAAAUACUUGGUCCUUUUUUCCGGUUUUUAGUCUCAUUUAACCUGUUAACCAGAAGCAGUGGGGGCCUAAUUAAUGCUAGCACUCCUUUUUAAAAGAAUUUCCCAAAGAAUAAUUAAAAUUACUGGUGAGAUUAGAUGCUGAUUUCAUAAGGGCUAUUGCUGCCCCCAAAAGGCUUGUCAAAAACUGAGAUUUGAUGUUCACUCAAAAAAACAAAAACACCUGAGGGAUGGAUGUUUAAAAUAAAACUUGUUUCUAAAAUACAAAUAAAUGAGAUUCUUCGACAAACAGCAGUACGUUUGCCAGGGUUCUCAAAAUGACUGGUUUAUCAAAAUUAGGAGGACUAGAUUUCUACACAUCACUACAGAAUUGAAGUGUUGAACACAGUAUUGAUGGCUUUUUUUUAAAAACAGUUUUAGUGAAGCAAAUUCCCUAAGGAAACAUUUUAAAUAAGGCAUUCUUUUCAGCCCAUUUCAUUUCUUUAUGAAAUAGUGAUUAAAUGUAGUUACACUGUCACUUCUGAAAAAUAGGAUUCUCUUAAGUCAUAGCAAGCACAAGUAAAGUUUAUAAGGGAAAUGGUCAAGGCAAACUUCACUGGUUUUGUCACCAACUCACAGGUUACUGCUUUCUACAUUCUAAACAAACCCUGCAUUUCCACUCAUGUCCUAAAGAAGAAACUGGGUAAUAAGGAACUAAACAAUUGAGAUAACCUUGGUUUGGAGUUCAAGUACAGAAGUCACAAUUUGAUGUCACAAAAUAGGGAAUAAGCAUGCUAAUGUUACAGGGGUAACGUAAGGAUUGUUAGCUUAUAAGUAUUCACAAUUUUAAAUAUCAAUGUUUUCUGAUUUUUAAGACUUAAGAGGUGGUCUGUAAUGGAUUCAAAUGUUUCAUUUGUAGGAUACUGAAAUGUUUACAGAAAGAUAACUUUUUCAUUAAAAUAUUUUUAGAAAUGUGUGUGUUGUUUUGUCACUUCACAUUGUUCAUGUGACUUAAAUAUAGGUGAAUAUGACAUACUUUACUAGUAAGUAAUAAAAACAGGAAACUUGGAAUGAGCCUUUACAUGUCAGUUAAUUUUAAAAAUGGAUUCUGUUCAAAGAGAAAACAUUGAGCUGGGAAAUAGGCCUGGAAAAUUAUGUUUAAAAGCUUCUGCCACUUCAGAGUUAAGCCUUUAAAAGGACAGCAUAUAUGAGAUACGUGGGGGAAAGUAUCAGUAGUUAAGGAUAACUGCAGUGUCAAAACAUGAGAAGAGGACGAUGGAGCAAGUGAAAAAAACUGGGGAGGAUGGAAGGGGGUUCCUUCCAGAUGCUGGAAGUGCCGUGUUUCUUUAGGACAGUGAGUUGAUGGAAUGAAUAUUCUGUGCUAUGAGGGUGGGUUGGGCAAAACUUUCAUGAAAUAAAGUAGUUUUAAACUACAGUACUGCAAUUUAAAGGUAAUGGCUGUUAAAAUUUGUGUGAGGUGUAGGAUUUUGUUAAAAGGGAUAUAAAAAUAUAACAAGUAUAUGGUUUCUUAGCAGUAACAGCUGUUAAGAUCAUGGUAAGUGAAAUGGAACUAAAGGCAUGUAGGGGCUUAACACAGUUAACAGGAUUGCAACACAUUUUCAAGUAUUCAACAUAGUGUCACAGUAUAUGCAGUGGUUUUGUAUUAUGCAGCUGUAACUACAAUCCCAGUUUAAUACUUGAAUUCCAAAACAACUCAGGUUUUGAUUCCCAGGGAAUACGGCUAUUUACUUUCUCAUGAAAAUGCGUUGUUACAUGAAACAGAUACUUGGACAGGAUAAAUUGGAAACCUACAUGUCCUCAUAACAGACCAGUGUUGUGAAGAUCAGUGUUAACCUUUGCAAAAGUGGGGUCCUGUUACUACAUGAAUUUGAUUUAAUACAGAAUUCAAAGUGCCAAGAGUUGAGAGAGUAAGGUAACAGUUAAAAGGACAUUUGGCCAUUACAUUUUAAAAACAAUAGGUAAUAAAGGUGUAUUGAGAACUUGAAAUGGGCAAAGUACUGAAAACCAGCCAAGAAACAGGAAUUUACCCAUAUUCAACUGCUAGAACUGGUAGGU